CAGCGACAGCACACAAAACAAAACAGGGAUUGCAGCUAUCUAUCCCAACGUUUAUCCUCUCAGCUUCUCUGUAGAUGAUAGCAAUGGCGGUUCUGGUUCGUUGCUCCUGCUUCCUCUCUCGUCCUCACUUCCCUCAACCUCAAUUCUCCGCCAACAACACCAUGCUCCACCUUCCCGGAAAACUGGCUUGUCUUUCUUUCAAAGCUGACAACUUUGUGCCAAUCUUUAAAGAUACUUCUGAUGGGUCUUCUAAAAUUCCAAGUAUGCUGCACUGCUCAAAGUGUAAGGAAGAUAUACACCAAAAGUUUCCGUCAUUAACAUUUCUUGCAAGCAAUAUUUUGAUGUUCACCAUGCCUUCUAAAGCUUUGGCCGAAACAUGUGAGGCGGCUGAUAACUCUUUUUUCAAUAUGCCUAUACUGCUUGCAGUAGCCCUUAUUGGAGCCACAGUAGGAGGGUUGGUUGCUCGACAAAGGAAAGGAGAGUUACAGCGGGUAAAUGAGCAACUGCUCCAGAUCAAUACAGCUUUAAGGAAGCAAGCCAAAAUUGAGUCCUAUGCCCCUAGCUUGAGUUAUGCUCCAAUUGGUGCUAGGAUACCUGAUAAUGAAAUCAUUGUUGACCCAAAGAAGCAGGAGCUAAUUUCUAAGUUGAAAAGUGGAAAGAACUUUCUAAGGAAUCAACAGCUAGAUAAAGCAUUCACGGAGUUUAAGAUUGCGCUUGAGCUUGCGCAGAAUCUGAAGGAUCCUAUUGAGGAGAAAAAAGCUGCUAGAGGGCUAGGGGCCUCACUACAAAGACAGGGAAAGUACCGAGAUGCUAUUAAAUACCAUUCCAUGGUUUUGGCCAUCUCUGGAAGGGAAGGAGAGGACUCUGGAAACUCAGAAGCUUUUGGGGCAAUUGCUGAUUGUUACACUGAGCUUGGAGACCUUGAGAAAGCAGGGGAAUACUAUGACAAGUAUAUUGCAAUGCUGGAAAAGGACUAAUCCUGAAUGUACAACAUUUUUAGAAAGAAGUAAUCGGUUAGAACUACUAGAGUUUGCUCAUAGCUUGUCAUAAUCGGUUUCAUGCGGAUUCCUCCCCCCCCAUUUCAUUUUUUGAGUUAACUAUCUAUUUAUAUUAAGCUAUUAUUGUGAUUGUAGAGUUGAUAUUACACCUCCUUUAAGGGAGAGGUUAAAAUUGAAGGAUGGAGAUAGUUCUAUCUUCAGUCCCUAGUUUGCUGAGAGGGGUAUUACUGAAAGAUAUCACCUAUUUUACUUUAGCUGCUGAAUGAUUUUAAUCGCAUCCAUGGUUCCAAACGUUA